AUGUCUUCAUCGUUCAGUUUCCCUCGUCCGACGACUACAACCGAUGAUCUCGAGAAUCUCUAUAAGGCGUACGGGGUUGAACGCGCCGUCGUUCUUGAUUUGGCCGGCGCAACUGAGACUCCCGAAACCGUACGGGGAGGGUAUUGUGGAGCCUAUCUUUCUUUCUUUCAUUCUUGUGGUCUUACAUUCCCGAUUCCGGAGCCUGUGCUCGAGAUCCUGGCGGAGCUUGGACUAUCGUUUACUCAAGUUCUCCUAAAUUUUCUUAGGCAUCUUAUUGCGUUCUCGGUUAGGGCUAGGGAGGAAGGUUUAUCUUCCGGAGUCGGUGAAUUCCGACACCUCGUUAUGGUGCAGCGGAUCACUCAGAUUCCUGGUACUUUCCCCGUGUCUCCGCGCCCGGGUUGUCACAUCAUCGAGGACGUCCCUUAUCGCGACGAGAAGUGGCGCGAGCAGUUCUUCGUUUUUAGGGUAGAUCGAGCAUCUGUGGGCAAUUUUGAUUUCUCUCGACUUCAUCGGAGUUGGGCUGAGCGUAUUGCCCCUUUCGAAAGUUCUUUGAUGUCAGACGAGAUGCGUGGUCUGAUCGGAGUCCUUCGGAGAGGUUGUUUGGACUGGUCUUCGUUUGAUCAGGCUCGGAUUCGGGCUGCCUUCGCCAUGCCGGAAGGGACUAACAGCCUUUGGUUGGGGACUUCAGAUCGAUUGACUAGGCAGCUCGUGAGGAGGUCAUCGUUUCGUACUUCUGGGUCUAUAUCGAAGAAUCGAGCCUCUGGUAAAUCUACUUUGAUCUCAAUUCAUGACUCCGACGAUGAAGGUGCUUCGGAGGAGAGGCGGUCUCCUGUCUCGUUGAGCCCUGGUUCGGGAGACGAGACCGUUGCCGCGACUCGCAAGCGACGCCGGUCGUCAAAGGACACCUUGCCCGGUCCAUCUCGUCCUAGGUUUGUCCUUAAGGGAGACGGUUCUUUGUUCGCGGCCCAAGGUGACCUAAUUUCCCUCGCUGGUCGCAUGAGGUCUGCAGGCUGCCGUCUCCCAUCUCUUGCUUCUUCGGCCGAGAAGGAAGCUUACGCCACAGUUGCAGUUACGUCUUUUGGAAAAUCGCUACGAGGUACUUAUUCGCCUGUUUCGUUUUUUUAUCAGGUGAUGGAAACUUUUAAUGAAUAUGUUGUAAUGAUGGAAGAUCACGUCGUGGCUUCUCGGAACGACAAGGAAAUCGAGAACAUCGGUUCCGAGAUUAAGAGGCUUUCGGAGGAGCUCGAAGCCGCCAAACGAGAAGGGAAACAGGAUGCCGAAAAGAUCGAGGCUUUGACUGAGGAUUGGAGGAGAAUUCACCUUGAGAACGAGGCUCUUACGACCCAGGUGGUUGCUCAGAAGGCGAAGGUCACGGCGCUUGAGGUCGAGAGGGAUCGAGACAUUCGUCGUGCUUCUCGCAUUGCUCGUCGUGAUAUCGAGCAGCAGUGCCGAGAGGUCCUCGAAUCUUUGAAGGAUAAAGGGUCGAGCAAGAAGAAGGAAGUGUCUGCUGAGAUCCAAUUGCAAGAGGUGACCGCCAACAUCGAUCUUCUGGACCAGCUCAAGAACGGGGGCCUAACCGUAGACACGGAGCUUGCUCGUUUAAAGGAGAUGGAAGGGGAUUGUGAGGAUCUCGUUGCUUCAGCAGCCGUGCCGGAUUGGUCGAUCUCUGAGCUUGAUCUUCCUCAAUCUCGAGGAUUCGGUGGAUCAAAUCGGGGGGUCGUUUGUCCCCGAUGA